AUGAUUCAAUUUAAUUGUAAUGGUUCACUUUCAACAACUGCAAAAUGGAUUAUCAAAAAUUGUACAUCGGCAUGUUCAUUUCAAAUUCAAUUAAGUAAUAAAAUUAGUACAACAUUAAAUGAGCUUUAUAUUCCAUCAAGAACAUUGGAUUAUGGAAUUUAUGAAUUAACAUUAACUGUCACAAUGAUUGAAUCGCUCAAUCUUAAAUCUUCAUCUUCAGUCUAUGUAAGAGUAACUGCAACAGGUAUAACAGCAAAUCUUGUUCAAUUAGGAACAUCAAUGAUAACACGUGG